AUGGGCGGGAACCGAGCCCGGGGCAGCUGGGAGCAAACACAGGGGCAGACACAGAGCCAGACGCCACACAAGCAGAGGCCUCAGGCCACAGCAGAGCAGAUCCGACUCGCACAGAUGAUUUCAGACCACAAUGAUGCAGACUUUGAAGAAAAGGUCAAACAGCUGAUCGACAUCACAGGCAAGGACCAAGAUGAGUCCAUGAUCGCUCUGCACGAUUGUAACGGAGACGUCAACAGAGCCAUCAAUGUUUUGCUGGAAGGAAACCCAGACACUGACUCCUGGGAGAUGGUGGGGAAGAAGAAAGGCGUGUCGGGUCAGAAGGAGAGCAGUCAGGCAGAGACCGGAGAGGAAGGGAAGGAGAACCGGGAGAAGGGAGGAGAGAGGGACUCAGCACGUCGCCGAGGUGGAGCGCUGCGGAAAGGCCGUGGAGGAACCAGCAGGGGGCGAGAGUUUCGUGGUCAGGAGAACGGCUUGGAUGGGGGGAAGACCGGAAUUGCUGGUAGAGGAGCAGAACGAGGUCGGAGAGGAAGGGGAAGAGGACGGGGAGCAGUUGCCGGAGCGUCCGGGCGGCGAGGAGGAGGCAGAUUUUCGGCGCAGGGCAUGGGCCAGAUUGAUAGGGCGUCUUCAUGUGAUAAUGCAGUAGAUGAGAGAACUUUUAACCCUGCUGAUUAUGCUGAGCCAGCCCAGACAGACGAAAACUACGGCGGGGGUAGCACCUGGAACAACACGGGCAACAUGGAGGCGGAAGAAGGAGCUAGGGUGGAGUACACUGCAGCAGAAGGAACAAAUUUUCAGCCCAAGUUCGAUUCCACCCCGGGUGCCUGGAGGACUCCUACGGAAGAGUGGGGAACUGAAGACUGGAAUGAAGAUCUUUCAGAGACCAAGAUUUUCACAGCAUCCAGUGUGGCGUCUGUGCCCGUUCCUCAAGAGCCUGUCACCAUAACCAAAGGACAAAGGAUUGACCUUGCAGUGCUUCUCGGGAAGACUCCUGCUCCGUCGUCCUCAGAGAGCGAAAACCCGCCCAUGGAAACCACGCAGCCUCCUUCGCUGUCCCAGUCACUGGUUUUCAGUAACUCCAAACAAGGGGGUCCUCUGUCCCAAACAUCUUCCUCGGCCCCUUACACUCAGCACAGCAUGGUGAGCAUGCUGAGCAAAGGAUUUGGGGAGGUGGGAGACCCUAAAGCAGGAACCACAGGGACUACAGGUUCUCAGUUCCUGGAGCAGUAUAAAACAGCCCAGGCCCUGGCUCAGCUGGCAGCACAGCAUUCCCAGACAGGACCUCCCAACACAAACCCCUCAUCCUGGGACACCAACGCCUCGCUGGGACAGUAUGAUUUGAAGGCUCAAGAGUCUGCGGUGCACACGCCCUUCACGAAGCGCCAGCCGUACCAGACGGCCACCUCCACCUCGUCCAUGUUGGAUGUUUUCCUGCAGGACAAAAACCUGCCUCCCUCGUCAGUUUCCUCAUCUCUGUCUCAGCAAACCUCCUCGCCCCACAUGGCUCCUCCCCCAGCGUCCUCUCUCCCCAAGAUGACGGUCCAGUCGUUAGGUCAACAAGUUUCUCCCAGUUCCUCCGAUGCACAGGGUUCCAGUCCACUGCCUUUGCAACAGCAUAAAAUCAAACAGCAAAAGAAAAGGGCAACAAUCUCAACAAAGAUUCCAGCCAUGGCAGUGGAGAUGCCGGGGUCAGCGGACAUCUCAGGGCUUAAUCUUCAGUUUGGGGCAUUACAGUUUGGGUCAGAACCGGUGCUGCCAGAUUACGAGUGCGCCCCAGCCACCACCACACCAGCCAAUCAGGUCCAGAACAGCCUCUACACGAGCCCCAAUAGUGAGUCAAAUGCAGCUCUUUCAAACUCCAGUCAGAUGGACAUGUACGACCAGAGGCCCCCGCAGUCCCGACGCUACCCUGCAUCAGUUUCCUCGUCGCCUCAGAAGGACAUGCAGCCCAAGAAACCUGUGAGCUCACCUUCAUUCUUGGUUUUACAGAAUGGCUUCAGUUCAAUUCAAGCAACACAAUCAGUGGAAGCUGCAGCGGGCUCUGCGGUAAAGUCCAUCCCAGAUUCUGUUGCACCCACCGCGGUCUCAAACAUGGGCAUUUUGACAGACAACGGCUCUGGCCCCGCUUCCAUGUUGACGUCGUCCAAUCAGGCGUCACUCAGUGCUUUGGGCCACGGAGACGACAUGCCUCCGAGCUCCCAUCCCCCGCCUCAACACAACAACUCCCUCUCGUCACAACAGAAUAACCUUGGACCAUCCUCAGUAAGAACGUCAAACUCCUUAAUGCAUCCCAGCGUAGACGGCGACGCGAGCCUACAUUCCUCUUCGUUCCCCUGCUCAGCGCCCUCGUCGGUGCCCUCCUCUUCCUCGGUGGUGGCUGCGGCUCAGGUCUCGUUAGGGGGUCCUCAGGCCUCCUCUGGUCCCUCCACGGUCUCUGCCCCCUCCGCCCUGGGCCCAUUGAGCAACGUGGGCAUGGGACUCAACGCGGGCUCCAUGGGCGUUCCGGCUGCAGCCUCCGCGACCGCUUCAAUCUCGUCUGUGGCCUCGUCCAUCCAGCAGUCAGCCGCAUCCUCAUCACGCAGCUCUGCAGUGUCCUCAGGAAAAGCACCUCCGAACCUGCCACCUGGAGUGCCUCCUCUACUGCCCAAUCCGUACAUCAUGGCUCCUGGACUGCUGCACGCGUACCCACCUCAGGUGUACGGCUACGACGACCUGCAGAUGCUCCAGACGAGAAUACCGUUGGAUUACUACAGCAUUCCGUUCUCCACACCGACCACAGCACUGACCGGGAGAGACGGCAGCUUGACCAACAAUCCCUAUUCAGGAGAUUUGUCAAAGUUUGGCCGCGGCGACGCCUCUUCUCCGGCUCCGGCCACGACACUGGCUCAAACGCAGCAGAACCAGACGCAGACGCACCACACGACGCAGCAGCCGUUCCUGAACCCUGGACUUCCGCCCGGAUACAGCUACACCAGCCUCCCCUACGCCUACACGGGGAUGCCUGGCCUCCCUAACACUUUUCAGUAUGCGCCUGUGUUUCCGGUGGCCCCGACCUCGUCAAAACAACACGGUGUAAACGUUGGUGUCAAUGCAUCAGCCACGCCCUUUCAACAAGCGAGUGGCUACGGUUCUCAUGGAUACAGCACGGGCUAUGAGGAUGUGGGCCAAGCUUCAGGGAGUGGGGAUUUCUGUAAAGGCGGAUACGGCACUGCCGUCGCCGCUGCUGCUUCUGCACAAAACAAGCCGACCAGCUCAGUCACCGGGCCCGGAGUCGGAGUUUCUGUGACAUCAAGUAACACGGGCGUUCCAGACAUUUCAGGGUCUGUUUACACAAAGACACAGCAGUCGUUUGAUAAGCAGGGUUUCCACGCGGGCACUCCGACGGCCUCCUUCAGCCUGCCCUCUGCCCUGGGGAGCGGAGGACCCAUCAACCCACCCGCUGCUGCUGGCUACGCCCCAGCCCCCUUCAUGCACAUCCUGGCACCGCACCAACAAGCCCACUCCCAAAUCCUACAUCACCACCUGCAGCAAGACGGACAGAGCGGCACUGGGCAACGCAGCCAAAACGCCACCAUCCAACAGAAGUCCCAGAUCAGCAAGUCCGCCUACAACAGCUACAACUGGGGGGCAAACUAA